CUAGACCGAAUAUUGCCUGUAUUCACUUUGAUAGUCUAUGUUCGUGGUAUAUUGACAUUUCUAUUGUACACAAAACAAAAUACUUUUUGAUGAAAAAAUUAUCUCACAAUUAUAUAUCGUCACACAACAGUCGGUGUCUAUGUAUUCAACUCAGUGGAUUACUAAUGAGUAAUUAAUAUUAACCAUGUCGGCGUUAGCGAGGGAAUACAUAGCGUACGCAAGACAACUCUCUUCCAAUGGCUGUUAUGGUAAGGCCGUGGAUUUAUAUUUGAUGGCUUUCGAGAAAAAUCCUCAUUUAAAACCAUUCUUUGAACCGGAAUUCAGGUCUAAUAUCAUGAAGCUAAACGAAGUCCUAGCGUCUGCCAGUAAGAUCGAAGAAAUGUUCUCAAAUUUUGGCCGAGCAAUCGAAAUGUUUCCUGAAAAUGUAUAUUUGAUGAAUGAAAUCGGCAAAUACCUUUACAAAUUCGGCUACUACAAUGAAGCUUGGAAUCAGUUCAAAUGUGCUCUUGAUAUCGAUGCAGGCUACGUAUGUGCCGAAAAAAAUUUAAACUCAAUGAAAAAUUUGCUGGUUGACCGGUGGCACUUCAGAAUGCUCAACGAUAAAGUUCGCAAUCACGGAUACAGAGACGCUAUUCGCGAAAUGGUGGAGCCCAGGAAAUCGACGGUCUUUGAUCUUGGCACAGGAACUGGUUUGUUAGCCAUGUACGCUGCAGAGUGUAAGCCUACUGCCAUUACAGCUUGCGAUGGAUCAGAAGUCAUGACCACUCUCACUGACUGUGUACUAGAGGAGAAUAGGUUAGCAAUGUCAAUAAUUGUUGUGAAUAAAAUGUCAACAUCCAUGACUCCCCUGGACCUUGGAGGAAAAGUGUCCCUUUUAGUCACAGAGCUUUUUGAUGCUGGCUUGUUUGGUGAGCAGGUCUUGGAGUCACUAUCUCACGCUUGGCAAAAUUUGUUAGCAACAUCUGCAAAAGUUGUGCCACACAGUGCAGAAUUUUUUGUUCUCGGUGCUCAUUCGGAUUUGCUCAAUGCUAAAUAUCAAUUGCACUCAAAUCCUAAAUCAUUUCUAAACUUGCCUGAAUCUAAUGUUUAUAUUGCAUCAUCUUAUGAAACUUAUGACUGUGAUGAUGUACAUCAAUACAGUGAUAUCAAGUACAUGACAACAGCGGCCAAAGUAGUCAAAGUGGACUUUACAGACACCAAUGAUAUCAAUGAAAAACUUGAUUGUGACGAGCCAUAUUCUAUAGAGUUAAAAGCAUUGGAAACCGGAAAUAUAAAUCUAUUGAUUGGUUGGUUUAACCUGUAUUUGACAACUGACAUAACUAUCACAACAGAUCCCAGAAUUGAAAACAGAGCAAAUGCUUGGCAACAAGCUGUGUUCUUUGACUUUCUGCCUAGAAACAUUGUUGAAAAUGAAACAUUCAGUGUUGAUUUUUUUAUGAAAUUAGGUAAAAUAGCCCAGCAUAUCAAUCAAGAUAGCCAAAUAAUGAGAAUCUCACCGGAAACUCUUCGAUUUCUAAAUGACACUGACUACAUGAAAAUGAUCAGAAAUUGUAUAGGGAUGGCUUAUGUGUACUUGAGCCAGAUGACUGAGAUAUCUGAUGUCAAAAUUCUUGAUUUGUCUCCAUUUCCAGUGUUUGGUUUGUUUAUGCUGAAACGAGGCAUUCAUUCUUUGACCUGCUAUGCUAAAACUGAGAAGGAUAAAAAGUUCCUUGAAACUGUUGUACUAGCUAAUCCGGAUGUUCCACUGUCUAAGUUAACAAUUAUAACUGGAAAAAAUUGGCAAACAGAAGUCAUUGGAGAUGAGAAGUAUCAUGCAAUAUUCUGCAACAUAUUUGAACUGUGCGGUGAUAUAGAUGUGCAAUAUAAAGAAAUUGCUGGGGGUCUUCAAAACACAAAUCUCAUACAAGGUGGCAUGUUUAUGCCAUCAAACGUUUCAUUGAUAGCACAAAUAGUUAGUAGCAAUUGGCUAAACAUAAACAACAGGGUUAAUGAUGACAAUGUGGGCUACAAAAUUGCGGCACACAUAAAUAAGUAUCAAGUAUCACAGAACUUUAACUUGGACUUAACAAAUUUGGAGUAUACGCCAAUGACAGAUCCGAUUGUUCUAGGAAGUUGCAUCAAUUUGGCUUCUGAUGUUGUUAAUGUUGUAAUCAAAAAUGAUGGGCACGCAAAUGCUAUUCUGUGCUGGUACAAAAUAGAGCUGAUGGACAGCUUGGAAGAAGUUUCGACGAAGCGACCCUACAGUUUCAUAGAUGGCACAGCAUUUUUGGUAGAUCCCAUAAUACCCAUGGUUAAAGGCAAUAUUGCAAAUAUUCUUUGCUGUGUUGAUGAUGAUGGAGCAUUUAAAUUAAUGAUGGAUCUGGAAACUACAUAAAUAAGUUAAACUUGUUUCACAAUCUAAAUGUAAUGCCAGUGAUUUUGAUCUGAAAUGCAGUUAAGUGACAAAUGAAUAAAACAAAUAAUAUAAGAAUAUGAAUUGUUCUUCUGAUUUUGACUGUGGGCAGGUAAAUAGUUUAACACAAAUACUGCAUUAUUAUAGCUUUAGGAUAAAAUACAUAGUCCUUCUAUAACUUUUGUCUGGCCUGGCAUCUUGUUUAUUGUUUGCAAGAUGUCCUUACUCUAGUUUAUUUUUCCUCUGCUGUAUAAAGCAGUGCACAAGUUGCAGGUUUACUUAUGUGGUUAAUUGGAAUGUGUUAGUUGUGUUAGAGAGAAUAGGUGAAUUACCUACCAAGAUAAGUGUUUUAAAGCAAAAAGUGUAUUUUUAAAUAUGGAUUUUAUAAAAUAAAAGUUAAUAUUUUAUCAAAAGCAAUUAUGUUUUGGAAUCGAUUUUAAAACGUAUAGGAACAUUGUAUUUCGUCUAUUAUAAAAGUUUAUUACUGUUUAAUGAUUUCUUUACAAAAUGUUUGCAUACAUAAACUUUAUUUUACGGUUUUUUUUUCAUACCAUAUAUCCUCUGACCUACCAUGAUCCCACCAUAUAUAAUAGAUUCUGCGGUUUUAAUUAUUUUUGUACAGAAAACUCGGCUGUAACCUCUAUACUAUAAGCAUAGUAGCAUACAGUAGCAAAGUAAUAAAUAUAUUUAAUAUAUAAAGAAAAAAACAUAAAAAUGUGGAUAGUAAUUUUAUAAAGAAUGUUGUGGCUGUGAGGAAUGUGGGGUAAGGUAGUUUAUUGUAAUAUGUAAUAUGGAUGCCACAUUGAUCUCAUAAUAUUAUAUAUUUGUAACCCACCAAUCCACACUAAAGCAGCGCGGUGACUAUAAACACCUGCAAGUGGAAGCCUGUGGGAUAUUAAUUAGAUGUUGUAUAAAUGUAAUUUUUCUAGUAGCCGAAAAGUUAAGCCAAUUUAAGGUACGUGUGAAAUAUCUUCAUCUGUUAUUUGUUGUUCAUAGCAUGUGCUGUUAAGCUUUCAUAAGAUGUAUGAGGUUGUUCUAUCAAGUCUUGUAUUUCAAAUCUUAACAUAGAGCAACAAGGUGUAUAUUUCAUUGGUGCUUACUAUUGUUUCUAGUCAGCGUUAUAUAAUAUAUUAUUACAUUUUAUCUUUGCUUAGAAAAAUUGUCAACACUUGAAAAGUAGUAUGUAUUACUGUAUACCUUUGUGUCUAUUAAUCAUAAUCGUUUAUCUACUCAUUAACAUGUGUUAAGCUUAUACUUAGAAUCGAUAAUAUCUUAUAUAGAAUUAUGCUAACCUUUGCCCAGAAGACAUGUAAAUCUUAACUGGCUACGAAAAAGUUUUCAGAGUAUAGUUUCAAUGUAAAAUAAUAUCAGAAAUGUUAAGUUGUUUAUGGAUUAGUAGGAAAUGGGGUAGCUAAACUAAGCAUUCGUUUAGCUACCCCAUUUUCCAUAACUCUAACGAGUACUCUUUAUGGAAGUGGCAAAUCUUUUACUAAAGCUACUGUUAGUAAUCUUCUCAUCGCAGAUCUAGUUAGCAGCAACUAUAAGAGAGGUCAUAGAAUGCAAAUGGCUGGUGCAUUUAUGUGCGAAUUACAUUGCGUUUCAUAGUAAUUGUCUUGGCUUGACUUGAAUUUAGUAAAUCUAUGUAAUUUGCGUUUUUCCUACUAGAAACUUAAAUGUAAAUAAAUAUGUUUGAAUUAUAUAUAUAUUAAUAUAUA